UUGUCACUGUAAAUGGAAAAACUUGACACAAAGCGGAUCUGUCUUCUUUCUAAUUGGUUCAUCCGCAAUAUGGCCGUACUGGUUGGAGCACUCGUUAUUAAAAUUGGGAGCCAGAAACAGAGCGGAACAGGAUCGGAAUGGAAGUUAUCACUGGAUAAGGUGUACCAAAACUUGGUGAUGAAUGAUAUUUCGACCACAGAGCAUUCGGAACAAUCCUAUCAAGCAUAUGAUGAUGAUACUGGGAACGACCAUCCAGAUUUGCAGUUUCUCAAUCUGCUGAUACCAGUUGCACAUUUCUCUGGCCUUGACUUUGACAGAGGAACCACAGGUAAGAAUAUGACCAUACUUCGAAACUGGGCCAACCCUGAUGGUUCUGACAGAAAGCUCCUGUACAAUGGAAUGAGUUACGAGAACGGCUCCAUCACAGUACCAGCAGCAGGAGUGUACCACAUCACAAGUCACGUCAAGUUCUACAUCGAGGACAACAGGAAGGAUGACAAGUCACUCCAGACAUUCCGGCACCAGGUUGUCCGCUACAGCGCCUCCAGCAUGACACAGGUCGUGUUGUUUGAGAAUGCCGUGACUGAGUGUAAAGAGGGUAUCAACGACGGAGCUGACCUGGAGUACCCGAGUGAUGCUGGUGGACUGGCUCAGUUGGAUGCUGGAGAUCAGGUGAUGGUGAAAGUAUCACACUUACAGCCGCUGAAGCAUGAUCGUGACUGGCACUAUUUUAAUGUGAAUAUAUUAUAGAUCAUUAUAUUUGUAAUGUCAUCAUAGUCAAGUUUCUUAGUUACUGUGAUCGAUAUCUUGUUUUGAACAACGCGUCAUAGCUUUCUUUUAACACGUAUUUCUUGUUAGGAACUACAUCAUAGAACUACAGUACAA